AUGUCAACGAUUAAAACUCACCUUUUCAAUAGUCUUACGCAAACGAAAAAGGAAUCGAGAAAUAAAAUUACAAUUUUUGGUGCUGGUACAGUGGGAACGACGACAGCAUUCGUGAUUUUAUUGCAAGAAAUAUCGAACGAUGUCGUCAUUAUCAGUCGGAAUGACGACAAGAUAGAAGGGGAAGUACUUGAUUUAGUUCUAACUUCGCAUUUUGUAAAAAACAGACCAAAUAUUUCGGGUGGCGCAGAUUUAUCAUUGUCGACCGGAUCUCAAGUAAUAAUUUUCACAGCGGGAGUCAAACGAAUUGAAGGUGAAAAUCACGUAGACAAGAUACAAAGAAAUGUUGAAAUCAUGAAAGCUUUUGUGCCGAAACUUGCACAACGAAGUCCCAACGCUGUUCUAAUUGUUGUGACUGAUCCUUGUGAUGUUCUCGCGUAUGUGGCUUGGAAACUUUCUGGAUACCCUAAAAAUCGAAUCAUCGCUUCAGGAACUCAAAUUGAUUCAUAUCGUUUCCGUCAUUUAAUUGCAAAAGUACUUGAUGUGGGUGUGGAAUCAAUUGAUGGUUGGGUAAUUGGUGAACAAGGAAGUGAAUGUAUUCCACUUCUGUCAAGUGUCAGCAUUGGAAGUUUCAAACUUCUCGAUCUUGAUGCUUCAUUUGGGAGUAGUGAAAGUGAUUCAGUAAAGUUGUCUGAUAUUCAUGAACAAACUGUUCAAGCUUCUGAUGAUAUUAUCAAAUUAAAGAAUUCAAUUUCAUGGAGCAUCGCUUUGACUUGCGCCGAUCUUGCUAAAACAAUUGUAAAUGAUACAAACGAGAUCCGUGUCGUAUCUACAAUGAUUAAAGGAUUGCAUGGAAUCACUAAAGAAGUUUUUUUGUCAUUGCCGUGCGUAUUGAAUUCAUCAGGAGUUACAAAAGUUGUUAACAUUAAAUUAAACGAUAAAGAACUCAAACAACUUCACAUGUCGACAAACUUUAACGAUGAGAUUCAAAAAGGUAUCAGCUUUUGA